GCAGGUCUGGCAGCAUCUGCGCAGAGAAAUCAGAGGUUAACGUUUCGGGUCCACUGACCCUUCCUCAGAGGUGUUGAGGGAAGAAAUGAAUUACUCGGUUUUCCUUAAUCCCACGAGUAUUUACGCUAAAACUGAACAGCACGAGUUGCAAUAGGAUGUACGGGGCGGGAGGAGGGUGAUAAUCUCAGCACAUUCAUUGCAGACGGUUUAUCUUUUUUUAAAUCUCUAACUGACCUCCCCCUUCUUAUUGUCUGGCGGCGGCCUGGGUUGCCAUGGUGAGAGCCCAGGGAGUGGGCGCGCGAGCAGUGUAUCGCUGGGCUCGCGGUGCCGCGUCCCUGAGCCGAGCUCAGUGCAAUGCCAGGCUAGUGCUGGGCAUCGAAACCAGCUGCGAUGACACGGGAGCGGCGGUAGUGGACGAAACAGGCAAAAUCUUGGGAGAAGCCCUAUAUUCUCAGAAAGGAACUCAUCUCAAGGCAGGUGGUAUAAUUCCAACCGUCGCUCAAAAGCUACACAAAGAACAGAUUGAAAAUGUGGUGCAAGAAGCAAUAGAUAAGAGUGGUGUCUCUCCUAAUGAAUUGACAGCAAUAGCAACUACCAUAAAACCGGGACUUGCGUUAAGCUUGAAAGUGGGCGUAGAGUACAGCUUAAAACUAAUAGAACAAUAUAACAAACCCUUUAUCCCUAUUCAUCACAUGGAGGCACAUGCACUAACUGUUAGAAUGCUGCACAAGGUGGAAUUUCCCUUCCUGGUCCUUUUGGUUUCUGGUGGACACAGUUUGCUGGCUGUUGCCCGUGGAAUUUCUGACUUCCUUCUUCUUGGACAAACUUUGGAUGAAGCGCCUGGAGAUACAUUAGACAAGGUUGCACGGAGAUUGUCCCUCAAAAAUCACCCAGCAUGUCAUACAAUGAGUGGAGGUGAAGCCAUUGAAUAUUUGGCCAAAAUGGGAAACAGGAUGCAGUUUGAAUUAACGCAGCCUAUGAGCCAGCAUCCAGACUGUGAUUUUUCCUUUGCUGGUCUGCGCAAUCAAGUCAAUCAAAUAAUUAUCAAAAAGGAAAGGGAAGAAGGUUUCCAGAUGGGUCAGAUAUUGCCUUGUGUAAGUGACAUUGCUGCUGCGGUGCAACAUACAGUGACCGCUCACUUAGCCAAACGUACACAUCGAGCUAUUCUCUUCUGUAAGAAGGAAGGUCUGUUGCCUCAAUCAAAUCCAGCCUUGGUAGUUUCAGGGGGAGUGGCCAGUAAUGAAUACAUCAGAAAAGCACUUUCGAUAGUAACUGAAGCAAAUGGAUUCUUGCUGCAUUGCCCGCCUCCAAAACUUUGCACAGACAAUGGCAUCAUGAUUGCAUGGAACGGUAUUGAGAGACUUCGAGCAGGAAUUGAUGUUAUACAUAAUCCAAAAGAAAUUCGCUAUGAGCCCAAAGCCCCUCUGGGAGUUAAUGUUUCUGAACAAGUCAAGAGAGCUGCACUCAAAGUUCCAUAUCUAAAGCUAAAGACAUGAUUAAUUUGGCUUCUUCAUGGUUCAUCGUUUUAAGAAAUCUCACUGUGCUGGGCUUUAAAUUAAAUUCAUGCACAUUGUAUUGCACUACUUGCAUACAAAUUUAAGAACCGGUAUUGGCCAUUUGCCCAAUCAAAUCUGCUCUGCCAUUUAAUAAAAUCAUGGUUGAUCUGAUUGUAAA